UUUAAUUAGCUCCACUAACUUUCAGUCAGUGAUUUCAAAAUCUUUAAGGAACCCGCCCAAAAGGGUCUGUUUUUAUGUUUUUUAUAUAUUCAAAUCGAUCUCCCUUCACUCAUGCAUAAGUCUUUUCUCCAGGCGGGCUUCAUCAUUAACAAUUUACAAAGAGAGAAAACUUUUUGUUCUUUAAUUUAGUCUAAUAGCAAAACAAGAAAGUAGCACAAAAUAAAUGAACACGUCAUGCUCUCACAUAAAUUAUUGACAUUAUAUGGUGAAGAAAAACACGUCAACUGAAUGUCACUGAUUUUCGAUAGAAGUUGAUAUGUUGUUUCUAUCUAUAUAUUUCAGACACUAAAGAAAAUAUUUUCUAUCAAAGGCUUGAAUAAUAUUCGAGAAGUAGCCUAUUAUUGCAGCCGACAAUUCAAAACAUUGUCCAUUCCGUGAACCUGAGUUACUUAUUAAUGAAUUCUCAAGUUAUCUGUGAAAAUAUAUUUAGAAAAACAUAUCAGUUUCUCCAGAACAGUUUGGAAAUUAGAAUGGAAUCACUGUGAAAAAAAUGUUGGAAGUUAGAAUGUAAACAUACAAUUUUUUUUGUAAAUUAUGGAGCUUGUAGCUUCCCUCUUGAAUGUAUCUGGGCUGAAAUAAAUCGGUUGAAUAAAUUAUUAUAUUGCCGCCACUUCUGAGCUAUUCAGAAUAUUCAGUAUCACCUACUGUUGUCAUGAAAUAUUUCAACGCAAAUUAUUAGUCUCAUAUUAUAAAGGACUCUAUUGGCAUUUUCUUCUUCAUCAAAGAAAUUGCUGCAAAAAUUAAUGUUCUGUGCUUGGUGCACCUAAAACCGUAGAUUAGUCUAUACCGAAAGAUCAAUGAACUACAGUGGUCAAAAUUGAAAAUAUUUUUAUUUUGAACAAAUUAUAAAGUUAAGGAUAAUUGAUUUUUAUCGAACCGUCAGAACGGAAUUAUUGAUUCAUUUUUCAAUCAUAAUAUUCAUUAACGUUUUACAGUCAACUACAAAAUAUUAAAUUCUUUGAAUCUACGGUGUAGUUGAAAUUUAAUAUUGAAGGAAGAAACUGGAGUAUCAGAACGAAAACGAAGUCAUACGUUUCUUGCUAAAAUGAAGGAUCUUCUACAGCAAAUCUUCCAACAAUUCUGUUUUUUCCUAGGCGUUGUAUCUCAUUCAGAGACGUCCACCUCAAUCACCCUCACAUAUGUAUUCUCAUUCCUAAUUCAGGUAGCAUUGAGUGUCACUCAGAUCUAUCUGCGUUACUUAGCAGUUACAAAAAAUAAACUGGGCAAUGUGUCUCCUAUGACAAAGAUCUUCUACCAACUUGAUCAGUUUCUAAAUUUAUUUUCAAACUUUUCAUCAAUGCUACUUUACCAUUGGCGUCAUAAAAAAAUGGCAAAAUGGAAUGAAAAGUCGGCGAGUCUAUCAAGUAUUCUAAUAAUUGAAAGUCACGUGAAUAACAAACGAUUAAAGUUUCUAGUUUUAGUAAGUCUUCUAAUUUGCCCUGUUUUAUUGUAUUUGAAUGUGUUCUCGUUGGAUGAUUUGGGAAAUAAAAUUACUGAGAUGAUUACCAAUGUUUAUAUGCUGAUGAUGAGUUUCUGCUAUGCGGGAGUAGUUCUACACGUUUUGGACCAGUAUAAGGCGUUAAAUAGGAUGAUAGAUGAACGGCUUAUGUUGAGGACACAGGAACGUCAAUAUACUUCAAAUAAUUCGGCUAAGAAAGGAAGACAAGCCAAAGCACACGAGCUGAGCGUGCAGAGCAUGCGCCAAAUCCACUUUGGUCUGGGUGAGUCGGUGAGACAAGUGACGUGGAUCUUCUCAGACCAACUGGUGGUGGUCCUGUCCAACUUCAUGAGAGGCACCAUCCUGGCCAUAUACUUCUACGUCAUGGACAAAGUGGUUAGAGAAGUGCCCACCCAGGAACCACUUGACUGCACCGUCUUUUUCUCUCUCAGGAUUUUGUUCUACUUGUCCAUACUAUCCGCCCUCUUAUUGCCUUGCUCUAUGGUGUCAAAAGAGUCACAAAAAACGAUUAACAUAGUAAGUCGACUUCUGGGUAGAGAAUUGAGCGAAGAAGUGAGAGAUCAGUUGGAAAUCUUUAUGGUUCAGCAACUGCAUUAUCAGGCUGAGUUUCAAAUUUUUGACAUGAUAAAACUAGAUAUUCCUGUAAUCCAAUCGAUGGCGAAAAUCAUCACAACCUAUCUUGUUAUUCUUAUACAAUUUGAAAUAGCUUUGAGAAUUGCUGAUCAUUCUCAGAGUCCUCAACAAUAACCAAUACUUAUUGGAAAAUAUUGCAUCAGAUAAUUUUCUCAGUAAGUUAUGCAACCUAUGCGUUUUACAAAUUACGUUUUUAAUAAAAUAUACUAAUACGUAACCUUAUAGUAGAUAAGGUUACCUUACCAAGAAAAGUAGGAUACUAAUGCAAAUAAAAGUUUACAUAGAAGUUUGACAUUUAAAACUUAUGUUUAUAAGAAUUUGUACGAUAAAAACUUAUCACUUCCUGCACGACUUUGAAAUCAGAGACUUUCAAAAGUAUUUGAAAAAUAUUGAGAAGCUCACGAAAGUUAGUUUUUUGAUAAUUUAUAAUAGUAGGCCUAUAUUAGAAUUCAGUUUUUUAAUUUGUUCUAUAGAGCUAUGAAGUUUACAGAGGUUGAGAAGAAAUAAGCUAUUGCAUAUUCAGAAGGUCAUGUUUAUUGAAUUUUCAUAUUUGAAGUUACAUUUUAUUGUUAUAUACUACAGAUCUGAUCAACUUUUAAAAACAAGUUUUAAUUAUUGCAGUUUCAUAAAUACUGUAGACUUCUUUGAAAUAAAAUAAGAAAUCCAAAUACAUUCAAAAAUAUUAAUUGUAUUUGGCAAUAAAUUCAUUAUUCAUUCCGAUUUCUAGGGUCAUCAAAUGAAAGAUUAUGGAUAAUGUAUAUUAAUACUACCUACGUAAUAUUUUUCAGGAUCAAUUGGUAUUUAUUAAUUUUUACAAAAAUUCAGAAUGAACUCCACCUGAGAUUUAUUUAAGACCUCCAUUUUAAGUUACUAGUCGAUUUUAAUAAAAAUUUGAUAUAUUAUCUCUUUAUGGAAAUCAGUAGAAAAUAUUAUGAAUUAGUCUUUAACAAUAUUCUAACUUAGUAACUCGUACAAUAAGUUUCAAACGCAACAUGGAUAAACUAUAAAAGUAUCAAUAUUUUUAUACUUUUCUAAUCUAGUAGCUUACUGCUUUAUAUUUAUAUGAAAACAAUAAUGCAAAUUAAAAAAAUUACAUCAAUAAGUACUUAUUUGACUUAUACGUAUAAAAUUUCAAGUUGUUAUUUGCAUUAUGUACAUUGGAUACAAUACAACUUACAUUGCUAUAGAUUUAUGACUUAACUUUAAUGUAUAACUACUUUCAAUGAUCUAUGAAGAUUGCUGAUUAAAUAUAAUCUGACAAAAAAGUAAAGGAAAAAUCUGUACAGAAAAUAGAUUCCAGUACAAUUUUUCCCACAAUAUUUGUCCGAUUUGACUGAAUAUCUCUGGUGAGAAUGUUUGUGUUUGGGUUUAAUGUAAUUUGUCUGAUGUUUUCUCUGAAUUGGAAUGAAAAAUUUCAAGACACUCAUCUUAUAGUUUGUGAAUAAUUUAGUGCAAAUCACAAGAAUAUCUCAUGAAUAUCCCAUUUCUCAUGAAAAUUACUUCAGGUUUCUUCUGAAAAUUUAACAAAAGAUGUUACAAAUAUUUUUCUGGGUAAAAAUGACUUGACCGUCAGAUUAUGAUUAAUGUUGAAUAAACGUUAUCUACAAACUAUUCAGCUGGAUAUUAUAAAAUCACUUUAAAUUAAAAAAA